AUGGCCACUGAUCCCGCUGACCCUCCGGCCCUCCGCUUCCUCGACACGCUCCUCCCUUGCACCUUUAUCCUCUCCACAUUCGGCUCGCUCAUCACCUUCACCACCGCCGUGGGCAUCUUCGGCGGACCGCGGCGGUACUUUGACGAAAUCCAGGUCUUUAUCGCGCUCGCAUGGUUGUUUUUCAUGCUGUCCCUGGCGAUGGCAACCGUGACCAGCAUGGCGUUGACGUUCCACAGGAGGCAUGUGAGAGAUGCCUUUGAACGAGGGUACAAGUCAUGGCGCGGCGGGGCCGGGAACCGCACCGCGGGUGAGAGAUCUGUCGUCUUUGGCAUCGUGGUUCUCGGGCUGGGUGGGAUGUGGCUGAUGUUGCUGGAGUGUCUGGCCUUUGUGUUUUUGAGCCUGUCGGUAGCGGCAUACUGCCUGGCCGUGGGGUGGAUUGGUUUCGUCGUGUCUGCAGGGAUGAUGGUUCUCACCGUGGUCUUCUGGGUCCUGAUGGGACAGAGGGAUUGA